UCUAGGGAUCAUAAAUCUGAAAAUCAUAACCGACUUUGUUCCUCGGGCCAAGGUGAAAAUCAAGACCGAGGUGCUCGACGAGAUCGAGAAUUUCUCGGCUAACGACGAGCUCGACAUUGACGACGCUUACGAGAGCGAGGCGAGGAGGAAGAGGCACAAGAGGGGGCAGAAGGGAAGGGGAGGUUGCCCCCCGAUCAAGAAAGAGAUGAAUCUGGACGAAUAUGUGGAUUUCGAGGAGUACAUAGAGGCGUUGACUACAGGGAAACGAUUGAUCUGCAGCGUGUGCAGGAUCGAGUUCCCUGAUGAGGCGGAGUUCAAAACGCACAUGGUGGGGCACAGCCAUGGAAAAUUGUUCCAGUGCGGUAUCUGCAGGAAACAAUUUUCACGGUCGUCUGCGCUGAAGGACCACCUUCGUCUUCACGAGACGUUCAAAGCGUUCAUAUGCAGGCACUGCAGCCUUCGAUUUCAGCAGAGGGACCAGUUGAGGAUGCACCAGGCCGAGGUGCACUCGAGCCGAAGGCCGUUCGAGUGCGGUGUCUGCAAGAAGAAGCUGCUCCACCGGCAGUCGUUGCGCGAUCACAAGCUGAUGCACACCAACGUGAAGCCGUUCGAGUGCUCGAUCUGCAAGAAGAGAUUCCUCAGGCCGAGCAGCCUGAGGGCGCAUAUGAUCGUUCACACAGCCGACUCGCCGUUCGAGUGCGACCUCUGCCCCGCCAAGUUCAAGAGAUCUUCCGUGUUGAAGACGCACAAGUUGACGCACACAGGGGUGAGAAGGUUCGAGUGCGACAUCUGCAAGCACCGGUUCCAUCUGAAGGGCGCUUUGAAACAUCACAUUCUGUCCCAUUACGAUAUGACUUACGUGAAAAGUCAGUACCUGAACGAAAUUAGUUAUAACACACCACGUUUUACACCCGGAAACCUGCAGUAA